UUACUGGAGGAAUCCAUGAAAAUGAACAAAAUCUGACAGUAAAUAAAGUACACUCAGAAGAGGGGGGAAUUCCAAACUAUCCCAACAAAGAAUCCCCCCAAGGAGGGAGCAGCCAGGCUUUGAAGUUGCAAGUCUAUUUAGUGCUAAUCAAGGUGGCCAAUAGCACUUGCCUCAAACAGACAAGGUUUCUUUCUCCCAACCUGGAACUUCCACAGAUCUAGAAACCCCACUUGUAUAGCUUCCAACAGACCUCAUAACCUUUGAGAAUGCCUGCCAUAGAUGUGGGCAAAAAGUCAGGAGAAAAUGCUUCUAGAACACCGCCAUACAGCCCAGAAAACUCACAACAACCCAGUGAUUCCGGCCAUGAAAGCCUUCGACUACACAUGCAGACCGUUGAUCCCUACCCCGCCUUUCCCAAACCUCCAUCUUGGCUCCUUCACUAACCACGUGGGUCCAGCCGCUGGUUCCUUCCGUCUUAGGGUCGCCACGCCCACUUCCCUUUUUCAACCAAUGAGGGCGCGAUGUCUGUUCCGAGGGCCGCCCACUUCGCACAAUCCAUCCAAUGGCUUCCUCGGAGCUGCCUGCGGGAGGGAGGGGAUAAGCGGUUGCCACGGCAGCGGUGCCCCUGAUCUAUCCAAUGGCUGCUCCCAGAUUUGCGAGGCUCCGCCUUUCUUUCAGUUGUGGCUGGUAGACGGCGGCGGAGGAGGAAUGGCUUCGUCUAAAGGGGGGAGACUCAUCGGAGGGCCCUCCACCCGGAGGAAGAGAAUGGGCCCGAAGCUGGAGCUCAGCACUUUGCACAAGCAGCAGAUGCGCGACGCCUUUGACCUGCUGGACCUUGGGGGCACUGGGACCAUCGAUGUCAAGGACCUGAAGGUGUCCAUCAGGGCCCUGGGGUUUGAGCCGUCGAAGGAAGAGCUCCGGAGAAUCGCUCUCGAUGUGGACAAGGAGGGCUCCGGGAAGGUCGGCUUUGAUGCCUUUUACUCUGUGAUGACUCGGAAGAUGUGCGAGACCGAUUCGGAUGAGGAGAUCCUCAAGUCCUUCCAGCUCUUUGAGGACCCAGAGAGUGGCAAGAUCUCCUUCAAGGGCCUCAAGCGCAUCGCCGAUGAGAUCGGGGCAGAGCUGACCGACGAGGAGCUCCAGGAGAUGAUCGAUGAAGCCGACUUGGACAAGGACGGACUGGUCAGUGAACAGGAGUUUCUGAGGAUCAUGAAGAGGACCUGAGCGCCCCUCUCGGUCCCCAAGAGGCCCUUGGCUGCUUCCAUCUGCCCUGAUUCUUUAAAGAGGUCAAGGAGGAGGACUGAGACUUUAUUCAAAAUACCACAAUGAUGGGAGGAGAAAAGGUGCGAAGCUCCACUGGCGUUUUCAGGUCUUUUGCUGCAGUAACAUUAAAAGUGCUUUCUGUUCUUCCA